CCAGAGGAACACAGCAGGCCAACAACGCGACGGAGGCAGUCGUCUGAGGGAUAUGGCUAUCAUCAACGAACGACAGCUGCGGAACACUCAUCCACUGCUAUGAAUUCGGUCUGGCGACCACCACAUACUACGUUGCAUAGCAAGAAUGCGAAUCGAAAUAGCCAUCUGGGGAGGCGAGUAUCCACUGAUAAUAAUGGCGUAUUGCUUGAUAUAGAAGCAUGUCUGCCUAGCUAUCAUUUAUUUAUGGAUACAUUCCCUGGUCCUCCUGCUACCUCUGUAAAUCUAGAAUCAGCAGUUUGUCGAAGAUUGUCCCUUGGGAACAUUCCAGCAUCCAAUCGUGGGCCGUCACUGAUGAAGCGUCGGGCGAGCGACCCCGCAUUGGCUUUGCUAUCCAUUGAUCGAACGGAUGAGGCGGAAUGGCAAAGGAGGAUGGAUGAUCUCCAGAUGCGCAAUGAUAUCCUCACGUCUGCCUGUCUUCACUCUCUGCAAUUCAAUGGUGGUACUGUGAAUGACCAUCAUGCUGUACAAAUGGUGGAGAGGCGACCUAAAGUGGCCUUUAAUAGUGGUAUUAAGGAGAUCAUGACCAGGAGGAGGUCUUGGCGGAAUCAAACCCCGGAGACCUGUCCAGCAAUGAAGUACACAUCAGUAAAACAAGACGCUGAGCAGAAUAAACCUAGUAAAGAGUACACUCUCGAUGAGUAUAGGCAGGCUGCAGAGCAGUCAGCUGCAUCGGAGGGAUAUAUUGUAAAAAUGGAAGAGUUCGAGAAGAAGAAAACUGAUCUUCAAGAGGACUAUAAUAAGCUCAAGACUCAAGAGUUGUCAUUGAGAAAGGAUAAUGAGAAGAAAGCUGAUGGAAUGCACUUGUACAGGUCAGAGUUACUGGCCCCCAAACAGUAUAAUAUCGACAUAACAGCACAUGCACUGUCGUGUCUACAGCAGGGACGAUGGCUCAAUGAUGAGGUGGUCAACUAUUACUUCAUGAUGCUACAGGAUCGGAGUGAUCGUCAUAAAGGGAAGCUCCCACGAGCAUUCCUUUGGAACUCGUUCUUCUGGCAAAAGCUCAGCUCCAACGCCACAGGCGCAUACUCCUACAAAUCAGUUGCGAGGUGGUCCAAGCGGCGGCAUGCUGAUAUCUUCUCAUUCGAUAUGAUGAUAGUGCCAAUCCAUGUUGGGAAAACACACUGGGCCCUUGGUGUGGUAGACUUGAAGGAUUGUACACUGAGCUACUAUGACUCACUUGGAGCAUCUCAUCCGAAGUUUUACGAUUACAUAUCUCGUUAUAUCGAGGAUGAGCAUAAGGAUAAGGGUUCUAAUGCCCCAUUACGGAAGCCUAGUGAAUGGCAACGACGUGAUGCGGUUAUCACACCUACUUGCACUGUACCUCGUCAGAAUAAUUCGAAUGAUUGUGGAGUAUUCAUGUGCAUGUUUGCCGAGGCUGUCUCAGGAGGAAGGUCUAUAACAGAGGUAUCCCAAGACCUUAUCCCGGAUAUGCGGUACAAGAUGGCUUGCCAAAUAUCCGCGGGAUCUAUUCCUGGACCCAUUGACUGA